AUGACCAAGUUGCUUUUGUUCUUUGCAAGUCUUAAUGUAUUUUACUUCAUGAUUAUUCCCACUUUCCAGGUACCUUCUGAAGAUGCUCUGCCACACUGGUUAGAGCAGUACAAUUCCUCUGCAGAUACCUGCACCCAUGCUUACUGGAGAGGCAAUUGUAAGAAGGCAGGUCUGGGAUUGGUGUGUGAAGUUGGACUCCGCUGUCGAACGUACUAUGUCUUGUGUGGUUCAGUGUUGAGUGUCUGGACAAAAGUGGAAGGUGUUCUGGCCUCUGUGAGUGGAACCAAUGUGAAAAUGCAGAUAGUUCGGCUAAGAACAGAGGAUGGGCAGAGGAUUGUAGGUUUGAUCAUUCCUGCAAAUUGUGUCUCACCCCUUGUGAACCUCCUGUCAACAUCUGACCAGUCUCAGCAGCUUGCAGUGCAGCAGCAGCAGAUCUGGCAGCAGCAUCACCCCCAGAGCAUCACCAACUUCAACAACGCCUAACAAGACAAACCACAGGUGUUGACUUGGGUGUUUGAGGAAAAAAGGCUGUAAAAGCAUAUCACUUGCAUCAAAAUCAGGGACAGAUUCCAAAGAAAUAUAACUUUUUCAGUUCAGUUGUGUGCUCUCAAAUACUUUGGGAAUAAAGAGAUCUAAAAAGGUUGGUAGAACUGAAAGCCAGCAGUUGUUUAUGGUGGUGCAUCUGUCUUUCCUUAUGCUCUCUGUAGUGCUUCCUGUUUGCUUUUACUUUUGGCCUUUUAAGCUACAAACCACAAUUUGUUUGAAAAUGCUUGAAAAUCCCCAAGCAGGCUUUAUUUUUAUCUUGUCAUACAGUGCUCAGGGUUUAACGCAGUGCAUCAAUGCCAUUGCUGUGGGAGAUCUCCUUGAAUGCAUGUAUUGAGUAUAUAUAUAGAAAAUAUAUAUUGGGGUUUUUUUUUUUCCUCUUCGAUUUAUGAGUUUAUAAAAGCAUGAACCCUAGAGGUUGCACAUCAUGCAUUCAGGUUCCUUCCCAGUUUCUGUUUGACAGUGCAUGUCUCUGGAAACGGGCAUGGACAGGAUAAACACACCAGACAGGAAUUUGGAGAGAAACACAAUCUUAGUUGUACAGCAUUGGUUAUUGCAUUUUUAUAGUGUUUAUACCCAGGUGUUGCAUUUUUUUCUGGUUCUCUCCUGGGGGUUAUAUAUUUGAGUCUACAACAUGUUCUUUUUUUGUGAUAAACAUCUUAAAUUAAAAUUAGUUCCUUUUUAAUGUAUUAAUGGUAUUCCUAAUGUGUACUGCAAAGAUGGCUGGAUGCCUGUUUUCCUUAAAUUGAAGCAUUUCCUUAAUCCCAGGUGGUUACGGAAACUUAAGUGCAAAUUCACUUCCAUCUCGCAUACAAUCUUCUAUUUUUUACUUCAUUAAUGUAAUUUAAUUUGUCACUUGUAAGAUGAAACCUUACUUGAGCUGUAAAUUAGAGAAUGGGAAACACUUGAGGGUUCCGCUGUAUGUGCUGUUUCUGUUACCCAGUAACUUGAAUACUGUUUAAUAUGUUGUAAGACAUUGUAGAGUUUAUCUGGAGCUGUUUAAAAGAAAUUGUAAUGUACAAAUGUGAAUAGUCACUUAUCUAUAAUAUGGGUAAGUUUUGUUUUGCCUAUAAUAGUAGAUGUUUAUAAGAAAGUGAAGGACAAUGUUUGUCAUUUCUUGCUUGCACAGGUUGCACUAUUGAAAAAUUGAGAUUGUAUAAACCUGUCCAAAAAAACUACAAGAUAAUGAUCUUGUAGAUGUCAAAUAAAAGUUAUUGUACUAACAA